GGGAGGUGGUCAAGACUUCAGUCUGCGCAUGCGCGCGAGGCAGCGUUUAUCUUGCUCUCUAGCAGAAGACUCGACGCUGUCAAGGAAACGCGCACGCUGGGCGCAUCGUUCCGAGAUUUACAAACAACUGAACCUGUCUCGCGUACCGUUAUUCACAUCAGCCGUUGCAGACAAUAACCGUUACGGGAUGCAUGCGAUGUAACAAUACAGAGUGAGAGAAACACACGGACCGAAAUCAGAGAGACGCCGCUCCAGUGCUUGAUAUACACAGCAGUAGUCAGUCAUGCCACUAGUGAAGAGGAGCAUCGAGCCCAAGCACCUGUGUCGAGGAGCUCUGCCUGAUGGAGUGCCCAGUGAGCUGGAGUGUGUCACCAACAGCACCCUAGCGGCCAUCAUCAAACAACUGGGAAGCUUGAGUCGUCAUGCAGAGGACAUCUUUGGAGAGCUGUUUAAUGAAGCCAACAGUUUCUACAUGCGUAUGAAUAACCUGCAGGAGAGAGUGGACCUGCUGGCUAUCAAAGUCACUCAGCUGGACUCCACCGUGGAAGAGGUCUCUCUGCAAGAUAUCAACAUGAGAAAGGCCUUCAAGAGUUCCACCAUUCAGGACCAACAGGUGGUUUCCAGGAACUCCAUCCCUAAUCCUGUUCUGGAGCUCUACCACCGUGGAGACAAACCUCCCCCUCUCAAUAUUCUCAGCCCUUACAGGGAUGAUAAGAAGGAUGCACUAAAGUUCUACACAGAUCCCUCCUACUUCUUUAACCUCUGGAGGGAGAAAAUGCUGCAAGCUACAGAGGACAAGAGAAAAGAAAAGAGGAGACAGAAGACCAGCGGCUCAGGCCAGACUCACUCAGACCAGACUAAGUCCCACUCCAGGCAGGCCCUACUCAGAAGCCCCCUCCUGUCCUCCGAGCAGCAGAAGCAGGUGGAGGAUCCCAGUCGUGAGGUGAAAAAGGUUCGUAAGGCUCGAAAUCGCAGACAGGAGUGGAACGUAAUGGCGGUUGAUAAGGAGUUCCGCCCAGAUGCCCGCUUCACACCUUCUCCAUACCAUGGCAUGUCCUCUGAAGGCUCCCUUUCGCCGGACAACAGGUCGGUUGCCUCAGACAUGGGUGAGCACUCUUACCCAGGCAGCCCCAGUCACCCAGCUCAACAGAUGGCUGUGACUAGCGCAUACUCUGCUGCUGAUGGCAAAGAGCACCUCAUGGCCCCCUCUCACGUCCAGACCCAGUCUUUGGACCGCGGUUACCGGCCAGCCUCUUCCUCCUCCGCUCCACCUGGGAGACAGACCAUUGGCAGGGUUCAGACCUCCCAUGGACAACCAGUCACAGACCCCGCUCUCAACGGGCCACGCCCCCUGCAGGCUAAAGACUACAGUGGUCAGCAGUCUCAGCAUCGAGAGUAUUUCGUACCUCCUGCUCCUCCUCCACCUCCACCUCUCAUUCCUUCCGCCCAGACUGCCUUUGACAGUCCCACUGGCCCCUCCUCUGCCCCAGCCAGUACCAUGCCAUCUCUUUCCCAGACUUACAACCCCUCUCCUCCGACUCCUGCCCUCCCUGCUUCUUACACCCCUUCCCCAACCCAUCCCCCUGCAGCCCCCCCUCCACCUCCACCUGGACCACCCACACACCCCCACCCGCACCCUCACUCACACACUAUGCCCACUGCCCCUGUGGAAGCACCGGUUGUCCCCAGGAAGGGCCAGGUACCUCUCAUCCCAAUGAGCGAUGCACGCAGCGACCUGCUGGCAGCCAUCCGACGAGGGAUCCAGCUGCGUAAGGUGCAGGAACAGCGGGAGCAGGAAGCGAAGAAGGAGCCAGUUGGGAAUGACGUAGCCACUAUAUUAUCACGUCGCAUCGCCGUGGAGUACAGCGAAUCUGAUGAAGACUCUGAGCUGGAUGAAAAUGAGUGGUCAGACUGAGACGAGAAAAACGACAAUAAAGAAAUAAAAAAAACAUGAAGUAAGCAUUACAGUGUAGGUUUCAGAGAACAGAAUUAUCACAACUAAUGUAGCAUGUCGAUGUCUGUCUGCACUAAUAUAACAUGGCUCCUGUGUUUAAAAAAAGGGGGGCUGCCUAACUACAAAGUCUCAAAGAGACAAAACUGGAAACUUUUGAAUUUUAGAUUGUACAUCUUAAAUUGAAGCCUUGACUGUGAAAUUUAAUGAGAGUUUUGACCCCAUGGAAUAAUGUCUGUUAGAGAUCGGCUCGUCAGCGCAGUGGGCUUGAGUCCUCUGCCUGAGACUAUUCAUCACUUACUCUGAGUGUGGUGGUCCUACCAUCUGUCCUCUCUCCUGCACUUUUUCUCUCUCUCUAACCUUAGAACAUGACCUCAUAAUUAUUAGAACAGCCAGCUGGAUGAACAUGCAUUGUUAAUUUUAGCUUGAAGGACAGGAAACAGUCAGGAAUAUAUUUAAGGGAAUAAUAUAAUAAACAUUUACAGUUGCAAGAAAAAGUAUGUGAACCACUUGCAGAAUCUGUGAAAAUGUGAAUAAUUUGAACAAAAUAAGAGAGAUCAUACAAAAUGCUUGUUAAUUUUUAUUUUG